AUGUGCUCCAUGGAGCUGCCUGCCACAACUUCUGCAGUGCGACCUCCUGUAGAGCAGACCUGCUCAUACGAAGGGGGAGAACAUAUGACAAAGACUGGAGAGUUCGCCACGGAGAUCGUGGAGACUUCUGGGACAGCCGAGACAGGAGGAGGAAAACCGCUGAUUACCACGGUUACGCUUACAUCGACGUCUACGUCUACAAUCACGCUCUCGGUGACGCAUGCUCUGUAG